UGUUAUUAUUGUUUCGUAUACAGUACGUUUAAAUUUUCGGCGUACUUUUACGACAGACAAAUAAUAAACCGGUGUGUUUAUUUCAAUAAUUAAAAGUUGAAUAAAAAAAUUAACAAUACUUGUUAAUAUAUUAUUGAUUAAAUUAAUAUUAUAAUAUAUUAAUAAAUAAUAACAAUGUCGAUUGGUGUACCAAUAAAAGUACUACAUGAAGCCGAAGGUCAUAUCAUAACCUGUGAAACUAAUACCGGUGAAGUAUAUCGUGGUAAAUUAAUUGAAGCUGAAGACAAUAUGAAUUGUCAAAUGCAAAAUAUAACAGUAACAUACAGAGAUGGAAGAGUUGCAGAAUUGGAAAAUGUUUAUAUACGUGGUUCAAAAAUAAGAUUUUUAAUAUUACCAGAUAUGUUAAAAAAUGCGCCAAUGUUUAAAAGACCUGGUGGCAAAGGUUCUGGUACUGCUGGUAGAGGAAAAUCAGCAAUUCUUCGAGCUCAAGCAAGAGGACGAGGAAGAGGUCAAAGCCAAAGAGGACGAGGUACUGGUUCAGCUCCUUGGCUCAAUCAAGGAAAUCAACCAGGUGGAUCACAACCUGGAAGAGGCAGAGGCUAAAAAUAAUUAUUUAAUAAUUAACAUUACUUUCUUUUUAUUUGAAAAAAAAAGAAUAAAAUAUAUAUCUUUGUACUUGAUGAUAUAUAAUUUUUUAUUUUAUUAUUUUUUUUUUUUCAAAUUCAUCAUAAUAAUACUUUAUUAUACCUAAACAUUUUGAUUUAUUUAUAAAUUAAAUACAAAGAUAAAAAAAAAAGAAAUAAUUUGUAUUUGAAUUAAUUUUCGUUUGAAAUUUAUUUCAAUUAAAAUUAUGAAUAAACAUUAAUAAAUAUUUAAGUA